CAUAUAAUAUAACAUUAUUUUGAGAUAUUAAUUGUGUACGUUCUGUUUACCGCGUGUGUUCUGUUGUAACAGAAUAUAUUUAGUUAAUUAUGAAUUCUGCAGAUGAAUUUGACACGGAUAAUCAGUUAGACAUUGACUCAGAACUAUGCUCAAAAAAACGGAAGUUUAAUAAGGACCAAAUGAAAACCAGCUUUUCCAAUGCAGACAUCGACAAUGGUCAUACUCUAAGCAAAAAUGCUGUUCGGAAACGAAGCCGUGAAUAUGCUCAUCGACAGUGUCGUAUUAUAAUCCGGAAUGUAUCAUACAAGAUAACGGCAAAAAAGUUACGAACUGCUUUUGAACAAUAUGGUACGUUAGAGGACGUCAACUUAUUAAAACGCCCCGAUGGGAAGCUCGUGGGAUGUGCCUUCUUGCAGUAUGCAAAACCUGAGCAGUCGGACCGGGCUAUCAAAGCAAUGAACGGUGAAAUUUUCAUGGGUAGGAAGCUGGAGGUCUGCUAUGCACUGUCCAAAGGUACUUAUAAAAAGUUGAAAAUUGAACCGGUAGUAAAACAGGAAGAAAUCAAACAUGAAGACGACGGUGAAAUUCAUUUGGAGGAUACCACAGAAAUAGAUCAGAGCGAAAACUUUGACCAAGAGGAAGCAAAUUCUGACGGCGAGGAGAAAAGCUUAAAUGUUUGUAUCGAGGACACAAAACCACUGAAGCCAGUCAACCACAAAAAAUAUACAGAAAUCGAAGAAGGUCGAACAGUUUUCCUAAAAAAUGUACCAUAUGAUGCUGACGAGUCAACGCUGAACGAUAUCAUGACUCAAUUUGGAACUGUAGAAAAAGUGUUUAUCAAUAAAGAGCGCGUUUCAGGCCACUCGAAAGGAACUGCUUUCGUUAUUUUCAAACUAAAAGAUUCUGCUGAAAUAAGCAAAAAGCAAAGUUUCAAGGUACUGGUGCACAAUCAAUUUAUUGAAAUUGUCGAUGCACUAAACAAAAAGGAAAUUCGAGAUAAAAACAGUGGGAUGAAUGAGAAAUCGGGAAAAGAUUCUCGGAAUCUUUACCUAUUGAAGGAAGGGUUAAUCAUGGCUGGAUCUCCGGCAGCUAAAGGCGUAUCCAAGGCAGACAUGGCCCAACGGUUACGACUGGAACAGCGAUGCGCUCAAAUGUUGAAAAAUUUGAGUCGAUUUGUUUCACGUGAACGUCUUACUAUACAUAAUUUACCAGAAAAUUAUACUAACGGCGAUUUACGGAAAAAAGUUCAACAACAUACCGGAUCCAAUCCAUUAGAGUGUAGAGUCAUGAGAGAGAACAUGCCAUCGUUUGGAAAUCCAACCGGGAAAUCACGGGGAUAUGGUUUUUUGUCAUUCAAGAAACAUGAAAUUGCUUUGGAAGUACUGAGAAAACUUAACAAUAAUCCUGCCGUAUUUGGAAAAGGUAGUAGACCGAUCGUGGCAUUCAGUAUCGAAGAUCGCAAAGUACAUAAUAUAAAGCAACAACGUUUGUUAAAAUCACGACUUAAUAAUCCCACUUACCAGGAAAAAAUAAAGAAAAUUCAAGCAAAGAAUAGAGAAAAAAAUCUUCGGAAAAAGGAGCAGAAAAAAGUAUCGUCUGAACAAUUGGCAAUUGUUCCGAAUACAACCGCGCGCGCUUCAAAUAAGUUCAACGACAGGAAGAAGCCCAAAAAGGAACGUAAGAGAAAACUUCUUGAAACCACGGAAGAAUUUACAGGAGAAAUUUCGCGCCAGGGCAAGGUAGGAAUUCGAUCCAUUCGGAAAAUAAAUUUCCAAGCUGGUGCGCAUAUGGAGCGGAUUAAAUCAGAGAAACAGGAAGCACGUAAAAAACGUGUCAAAAGGGAGCAUGAACGAAACCGACAAAUAAAAGCCGCACGGCGUGUCAAACCAAAGCAGACUAACAUUAGUGAACUUAAAAGGGAAGACCAGUAUUUCCAACAAACAGUGGGGAAAUACAAAGAGAUAAUCAACCAGGCAGUGGGAAAAACAGAACGUAGUAAAUGGUACAAUGAGUAAUAUUUUAUAAUAUAGUAUAUUAUGAACUAAAA